CGAGAGUAGAUAUAAAUCGUCUUUGCGCUGGUAACCCUAGACGGGUCCGGUCCUUAGAAGAUAAAUUACGUUUCGAUGAUGCAAUAUUACGUGUUCUUUCAUAAAUGUGAAUCAUAGCAGUUAUUUUUUGUUGAUACUUGAAGAAGCGGUGCAGAAAACAUGGUUCACUCAAAAUCACCGUUAGGAUUAAAAUCCACGGCUGUGCAGGUGGCCGUAAGCCUGGUGGCUAACUUGGGGACGAUGAUGAACGGAAUGGUGCUAGGAUUUCCUUCUACCUUGGUUCCACCUCUACUUGGUUCCGGUUCCGGUCUACACGUCACUCUAGAUGAGGCUUCCUGGGCAGCCAGCAUUACCUUCCUGAGCGCUCCGAUAGCCUGUCUGCUAGCAGGCCCUAUUGUCGACUGUGUGGGUCGCCGCUGGGGCCUGCAGUUGAUGUACGUGACGUACGCCGCAGGCUGGCUGCUGUUGGCGGUGUUUCCUGGUUCUCUGCUGCUCUUGUAUCUCGGCCGCUUGCUGUCAGGGGCCGGGUUGGGCCUGGCUAGCUGUAUGGCUGCCACGUACACUGCGGAGAUCGCUGACGUCUCACUGCGUACCACCCUUGUCACCCUGUGUCCUGUUAUGAUGGCAGCUGGCGUUUUCAUCGUUUACCUUUGGGCCGCAAUUUAUCAGACUUCCUGGGUCGAGGCUUCAUUUUUCGCACUCGGCAUCUCAGUCUGGUCACUGGUGCUGACGCCGCUGCUGCCGGAGAGCCCGCUGUGGCUGCUGAGCAGAGGUCGUGCUGAAGAAGCGCUGCAGGCUCUGCAGAGACUGCGAGGAGCGUCGAGCCCCGAGCAGGUCAAGGAGGAGCUGGACAGCUUCAGCAGCAGAGCGAAGGACAAGGAGCAGACAACCUCCUGGCUCUCCAUCUUCCACAACCUGCGGCAGCCUCAGGCCUACAAGCCACUCUUAUUUUUGAACAUUUUCUUCCUCUUUACUCAACUCAGUGGAAUCGCUGUAACAAUAAAUUUUGGAGUAAGCUUCGUCCAGAACGCCGGGAUAGAAGGCCAAACAUACAUUAUAGCUCUAGGAUUAGCUCUGAUGCGCAUGCUCUCCACAUUCCUGACGACGUGGGUCUGCACUAUAUACGGCAAGAGAAUCCCCUGUCUCAUCACUGGGGUUAUCUCUACCUUGCUAAUAGCGAUGAUUACACUAUCAGUAACCCCAGUCCUCACGCUCCCUCCUUGGCUCGUAUGCACGUGUGUGUUGCUGUUCGUGCUCACCAACUCCGUCAUCUACUCUGCUAUUCCGUGGUCCAUGAUGGGCGAGAUCUUCCCCACUAAUGUCAGAGGGGUUGCUAGCGGAAUAACAGCAUGCAACAUGUUUGGAUAUUCUUUCAUAGCCGUCAAGCUCUACCCUGGGGCGGUGCUGGCCUAUGGAGUGUUUCCAGCAUUUUUAUUUUUCACGAUAUCAGGGGCGAUUGGCACAUUCUAUCUUUACCUAUUUUUCCCCGAAACGCACGGACUGUCGUUGAUAGAAAUCGAAGAAUCAUUCAGAGGUUCAAAAAAAGUCAAGAAACAAACACAACCAACGCCCCCCAUCCACUUACAGUUCGAACUGCAGUUCUUGACUGCAGUCAGAACUGUGAACGGUGGACUGUGGACUGUUGAAAAAUGUUCACGUCCAGUACGGACUGCAGUCGCGGACCGCAGUCCGUUCGGUGGCGUGGUUGUCGUGGUACCGAAUACAGCCGAGGAGUGGAAACAAAUUGCACAGGAGUACGGGGAAAAAUGGAAUUUCCCCAACUGCCUAGGCAGCAUGGAUGGAAAGCAUAUAGCCAUAACACCACCACCUGGAAAUGACGACGAAGUUGGUGUGUCUAAGCCUGGACCAAGAACCAGCGAUCACAUGGCAUUACAAGUGGCAGCGACCCUGGUGGCAAAUUUGGGAAUACUAAACACCGGAAUGAUGAUCGGAUUCCCAUCUGUCUUGCUACCCCCUCUGCUAAAGGUGGGCCCUGGCCUUCAUAUUUCCUUUGACCAAGCCACCUGGCUCUCUAGCAUCUCCUUCAUCUCAGCGCCAGUUGGCUGUGUGGUGGCAGGCCCGAUGAUCGACCGUGUCGGCCGCCGCAGGGGUCUGGUGCUGCUUAACCUCACGUUCAUCGCAGGGUGGCUGCCUUCAGCCGUCUUCCCGCUAUCCCUCCCCGCCCUCUACGUCGGCCGUAUCUGCUCAGGGAUUGGGGCAGGUGCAGCCCCCAGCGCAUGUUCCAUCUAUACUGCGGAAGUAGCCGCUGAAUCGUGGAGCGAAGUAUCUUGGUUCGGACUUAGCGUAACAUCAAUGUCGCUGGUGCUGACGCUGCUGCUGCCAGAGAGCCCAAUGUGGCUGCUGAACAGAGGUCAUGCUGAGAAAGCGCUGCAGGCUCUGCAGAGACUGCGAGGAGCAUCAGGACCCGAGCAGGUCAAGGAGGAGCUGGACAGCUUCAGCAGCAGAGCGAGCGACAAGCAGCAGAAAACCUCCUGGCUCUCCAACUUUAAACAUCUGCGAAAGCCUCAGGUUUACAAGCCUCUUAUCAUGAUCAACGCGCUGUAUUUAUGUGGCAAUUUCUCAGGAGUUAUGCCGGUCAUGAGUUUUGCGGUUGAUUUUACAAACAGAGCAGGAAUACAAGGGGAGGCUCACUACGUGGCUAUGUGUAUUGCUAUUGUUCGCAUGGUCUCUAUUCUUAUCUUUACUUGGGUGAGCAAUGUGUUUGGAAGUAGGAACCCAGCAGUAUUCUUUGGAGUGAUCAUGACUGCUUCCAUGACUAUGCUGACCGUGAACGUGUCUGGGUUACUGGUGCUGCCCCAGUGGCUCAUUGGAGCGCUUGUUCUGGUUUAUGUGUACGCCGGCUCCACAAGCUUCACCAACAUUAUGUUAUCCAUGCUGGGAGAGGUUUUCCCUACCGAAGUGAGAGGCGUAGUAGCGACCCUGGUAGCAAAUUUGGGAAUGAUACAUACCGGAAUGAUGAUUGGAUUCCCAUCUGUCUUGCUACCCCCUCUGCUGGAAGUGGGACCCGACCUUCAUAUUUCAUUUGCCCAAGCCACCUGGCUCUCUAGCAUCUCCUUCAUCUCAGCGCCAGUUGCCUGUGUGGUGGCAGGCCCGAUGAUCGACCGUGUCGGCCGCCGCUGGGGUCUGGUGCUGCUUAACCUCACGUUCAUCGCAGGGUGGCUGCCAUCAGCCGUCUUCCCGCUAUCCCUCCCCGCCCUCUACAUCGGCCGUAUCUGCUCAGGGAUUGGGGCAGGUGCAGCCUCCAGUACAUGCUCUACCUAUACAGCGGAAGUAGCCGCUGAAUCAUGGAGCGAAGUAUCUUGGUUCGGAUUUGGCUUAACAGCAGCGUCGCUGGUGCUGACGUUGCUGCUGCCGGAGAGUCCGAUGUGGCUGCUGAGCAGAGGACAUGCUGAGGAAGCGCUGCAGGCUCUACAGAGACUGCGAGGAGCAUCAGGACCCGAGCAGGUCAAGGAGGAGCUGGACAGCUUCAGCAGCAGAGCGAGCGACAAGCAGCAGAAAACCUCCUGGCUCUCCAACUUUAAACAUCUGCGAAAGCCUCAGGUUUACAAGCCUCUUAUCAUGAUGAACCUGCUGUAUUUAUGUGGAAAUUUUACAGGAGUUAUGCUGGUCACGAGUUUUGCGGUUGAUUUUACAGAGAGAGCAGGAAUAAAAGCGGAGGCUUACUACGUGGCUAUGUGUAUUGCCAUUGUUCGCAUGGUCUCCAUUCUUAUCUUUACUUGGGUGAGCAAUGUGUUUGGAAAUAGGAACCCAGCGAUAUUCUUCGCAGUAAUCAUGACUGCUUCCAUGACAAUGCUGGCUGUGAACGUGUCUGGGUUAUUGGUACUGCCCCAGUGGCUCAUUGGAGCGCUUGUUCUGGUUUAUGUGUACGCCGGUUCCACAAGCUUCUCCAACAUUAUGGUGUCCAUGCUGGGAGAAGUUUUCCCAACCGAAAUGAGAGGCUUUGCAAGUGGCAUCACAACAGGCCUGGGAUUCAUGCUCUCUUUUGUUUCCACAAAACUCUAUCCCAUCUUUGUGACGGAGUUCGAAGCAUACUUCGUGUUUUUGUUCUUUGCAAUAUUUGGAGCUGUGGGAACUCUUUAUAUAUACUUUUUUCUUCCCGAGACUCACGGAAAGACUUUGUUAGAAAUCGAAGACUACUUUAAAGUUUCAAAAUUGGCUUAUGAAUUAAUAAAACACUCACUACGUCGCGCUCCCUACACUCUGCAUGAUAUAAGGAGACAAGGGUGUGCCCGUAUGCUAAACGAGAACUGCUCGAUAACCAUUCAGGUGGCAGCGACCCUGGUGGCAAAUUUGGGAAUGCUAAACACCGGAAUGAUGAUCGGAUUCCCAUCUGUCUUGCUACCCCCUCUGCUGAAAGUGGGCCCUGACCUUCAUAUUUCAUUUGACCAAGCCACCUGGCUUUCUAGCAUCUCCUUCAUCUCAGCGCCAGUUGCCUGUGUGAUGGCAGGCCCGAUGAUCGACCGUGUCGGCCGCCGCUGGGGUCUGGUGCUGCUUAACCUCACGUUCAUCGCAGGGUGGCUGCCUUCAGCCGUCUUCCCGCUAUCCCUCCCUGCCCUCUACAUCGGCCGUAUCUGCUCAGGGAUUGGGGCAGGUGCAGCCUCCAGUACAUGCUCUACCUAUACUGCGGAAGUAGCCGCUGUAUAUCUACGAACAGCGCUAGUCUUGAUCACACCGUUGAUGUUAUCAGUUGGCACCGUCGUCACCUACCUCUGGGCCAUGCUAUACCAGGAAUCAUGGAGCGAAGUAUCUUGGUUCGGAUUUGGCUUAACAGCAGCGUCGCUGGUGCUGACGCUGCUGCUGCCGGAGAGCCCGAUGUGGCUGCUGAGCAGAGGCCGUGCUGAGGAAGCGCUGCAGGCUCUGCAGAGACUACGAGGAGCAUCAGGACCCGAUCAGAUCCAGGAGGAGCUGGACAGCUUCAGGAGCAGAGCGAAGGACAAGCAGCAGACAACAUCCUGGCUCCCCAUCUUCAAACAUCUGCGGAAGCCUCAGGCCUACAAGCCUCUUAUUAUGAUGAACCUGCUGUUUUUAUGUGCCAGUCUGACUGGAAUUGUGCUGGUCAUGAGUUUUGCGGUUGAUUUUACAGAGAGGGCGGGAAUAAAAGCGGAGGCUUACUACGUGGCUAUGUGUAUUGGCAUUGUUCGCAUUGUCUCCAUUCUUAUCUUUACUUGGGUGAGGAAUGAGUUUGGAAACAGGAACCCAGCGAUAUUCUUCGGAGUGCUCAUGACUGCUUCCAUUACCAUGCUGACUGUGAACGUGUCUGGGUUACUGGUGCUGCCCCAGUGGCUCAUUGGAGCGCUUGUUCUGGUUUAUGUGUACGCCGGCUCCACAAGCUUCUCCAACAUUAUGUUAGCCAUGCUGGGAGAAGUUUUCCCAACCGAAAUCAGAGGCUUUGCAAGUGGCAUCACAACAGGCCUUGGAUUCACGACCUCUUUUGUUUCCACGAAACUCUACCCCAUCUUUGUGACGGAGUUCGAAGCAUACUUCGUGUUUUUGUUCUUUACAAUAUUUGGAGCUGUGGGAACUCUUUAUAUAUACUUGUUUCUUCCUGAGACUCACGGAAAGACAUUGUUAGAAAUCGAGGACUACUUUAAAGGAGAACAAAUAACUGAUACAAAACUCUGAAGUAAAGCAAAAACCCAGUAAUUAAAGAAAAAGGGCAAUAAAGACGUUAUUAUAUUUAA